AUGAUGCUGAGCAUCAGCGCCGACGGCCUCGUGCUGGAUGGCUCGGCCAAGGCUAUGGCCGAGCUUCCAAGCCAGGCAUUUGGCAUUAUGCUGAGUGGACGUGAUAUUGAGGACAUGAUUGCCUGCGUUCAGAAUGGUGGGGAUAUUCAAUUGGCGCUGGGAAACAGCCCGAAAUUCCUGUUGGACGACCGCGAGAUCAAGAUACCCAAAUCUUCCGAUUUGCCCGACUACGAUCUGUAUCGCUCCAACUCGGACAAGCCAUCUGUCGUCAAUAAGUUGCCGAAUCCGACAAUGUCGAUCCUCCGAUUCUCAAAUGCCAAGCCCAAGGCGAAGACCCUGAAAGCCCAAGCCCCAGCAGCGAAAGGAGCAAAGCCCACCAAAACGGUUAUUGAACGAAGCUCAGCUAAAGCCUCCGUUCCGGUGGCUAGAUCUUCUGCCGGAUCAGACCGAGAACUCGGCUCUCAGGAGUCUCUGGAUGACGCCAUAGCGAACCUCAAGAGCUCGUAUGCGAAGGUGGAAGCAGACAAGAGGGAGAACUCUGCUGUGGUCGUGGGCGGCUUGCUCAGCUCUAAAGGUGGAAAAGUCAAAGCCGGCAAACGACUGCUCGAGGCGCAAACAGCUGCCACCUCGUCUCGAUCUUUGACGCCCAGUCCAGCGUUGAGUGGAAUCCGUUCACCUUCGCUGGCGCCGGCAAGCAAUCCCGCCGAAGAGAAGACGCAGCAACAGCGAUCCCACAUCUUUCACGAGCUCGCGGUACGGGGACAGACAUAUGAGGAGCUCCUUGCCAAGUGGGACCAAGGGAGCGAGGAAGAAUUCAGCACCGCGCUCAAAAAGGUAGCUGAUUUCGACGACAAAGUGCAAAAGUGGAUCAUCAAGACGCGGUACUGGAAGGAACUGGACGUGUUUGAGCAUAGCUAUGCCGAAGAUGAGGAUCGCCAGAAGGCAAUCGACAACGCCAUCAGACAGUAUGACCGCAUGCGGCUGGAAUCAUCAGAUCCUCAGUGGCAGAAGCUGCUGCCCAAGUCCGAGCGGGGUAAGGGAAUAUGUCUGAGUAGGCUGCAAGCGGCCCUUGCCAAACCGAAGCCGACACUCGAUGCUGCAAGCCCCGGCGGAAGGGAUUCGGAGAGGGAUGAUUCGGCAAGUUCGGCCAUGAAGAAGAACAAGGGCGGCGAAGCAAUGUCAAGAUCUAGUUCCCAGGCAUCGACGGGGAAGAAGAAGCUGUCGGCAUCCGAAGCCCAAGCAAAGCGACUACUAUCCAACUCGAAGAAGCCCAAGGGGGCCACAACAGCGAAAGCAUCGCCCAAGGUCUCGCCUGCCAAGGCGAGUACGAAAGCUGCAGGUACCAAGGGUGGACGAGUCUUGUCAAAGGAGUUUGUGUCAGAUUCUUCGUCAGAUGACGAUGAGGUGCCUCUUUCGACCUCGAUGCCUAAGUCUAAAGCCGCGGAUGCGCCAGUGUCUAAGCCCGCUGAGCGGACGGCGCCAAAGCCAAAGGCGGUGGUGAAGGCGAGGGAGUCGCCAGCCCCGAAACCGAAAGCACUCGCGGCUCAGGCUCCUGAUAGGCUGUCUCCCAAGGAGAUGGAAAAGGAGAAGGAGAGGGCAAAGGAGACGGAAAAGGAGAAGGAGAAGGAGAAGGAAAACGAGAAACAGAAACAGAAGGAGAAGGAGACAAUCCGCGCCCAAGUCAUUGCGAAGCCGGUUAAACCCCCGGUGAAGCGCCCUCGCGACUCGGAUGACGAUGACAGCUCCAGCUCUGGCACCCCACUCAGCAAGCGUGUGAAGCCUGGUCAAAAGACAGUCCCCGCAAUAGCCCGCCCAGUCAAGCAUCGUGCCCCUUCAGACGCCAGCCUGAAUAGUCGGGGAACAAGCUCGGGCGUCUCUCUGAUAAAGGCCAGAAAUACUUCACCACUGAAGUCAUCACCGCUGGCCUCAUCUCCACCAACAACUGCGUCAGACCUGGAGCAGGGAAGGCCAUCGCUUGUAGCGACUCGUGAGCGGGAGCGGGAGCAUGAUCGUGACACCAUUGUGAGCAGUGCCAGCAGUACUGCCGAUAGCGGCGCGGGCGAUGGCAACAGCAGGAAGCGGCCAGCGCCUGAUCCGGCUUCCGGAAGCAGAGCGAAGCGCCCACGGCCAUCUCAGGAUACUAUCGACAAGGCAUCCAAAUUCAAGCAAUUCUAUGCUCGAUAUGAACAGCUACACCACGAACUCGCAGCCAACGAAAACCCGGAUCCCGAGCGGGUGACCGACCUGCUCGACAUGCACGAUCGGCUGAGGCGGAUGAAAGAUGAGAUCUAUGCCUCGGUUGAUGCAUGA